AAGAGAAGAGUGAGAUGCUGUUUUACAAUAACUAAGCUCAUGUUCAUACUACCUAAAUGUGCUUUCUAGGUGUCUGGGAAAUCUAUUUUGAAGCUAAUAUCUCACAAAUGUUCUUUGGCAUAAUGUAAAUCCAGACUUCAGAGUAGCUGAAUUUCUGUUAUGUCACUGUGAACACCUUAAGCACCCAAGAAGAGCCCUGUUAGACUCAUGUCCAUUAAUUCUUUAUUGAAGGGACUGGCCAGUUUGUCCAAUGGAGAGAGUGGAGGGGCAUUGCUGACACCUGAUGCCGUAAAUCACAUUGGAAGAUGAGCAGGAGAAUAAACCUGAAUGAUAAAUGCACGAGGAAAUAAAGGCAUCUGGCUAUCACAACAGGCAAUGGAGACGAGCAGCCCCACGACCAUGUCCACGACCACGAGCAACUGGAAUACGUUUCCCCAACAGACUUUGGAGACAGUGGACAUCAUUGUCUUGGUCCUGUACUUUGUAUUUGUUUUGGCUGUUGGACUAUGGUCCAUGUGGAAGACUAAGCGUGACACUGUGAAAGGUUACUUCUUGGCUGGAGGAAAAAUGGUUUGGUGGCCGGUGGGGGCUUCCCUGUUUGCUAGUAACGUCGGCAGUGGGCAUUUCAUUGGCCUGGCAGGCUCGGGGGCUGCCUCUGGAAUCGCUGCCACAGCCUACGAGUGGAACGGCAUGUUCUGUGUCUUGGUGCUGGCAUGGCUGUUUCUUCCCAUCUACAUUGCUGCUGGGGUUACAACCAUGCCAGAAUAUUUGCAGAGACGGUUUGGUGGCAAAAGGAUACAGAUCUUCCUAGCAAUUCUCUACUUGUUUAUCUAUAUAUUCACCAAAAUCUCAGUCGACAUGUACGCUGGGGCUCUAUUCAUCCAACAGGCCUUGCAUUGGGAUCUCUACUUGGCCGUUAUUGGUUUGUUGAUAAUCACGGCAGUUUACACUGUGGCAGGGGGCCUGGCAGCUGUGAUCUACACGGACACCCUGCAGACGGUUAUCAUGCUGGUGGGUGCACUGACUCUAAUGGGAUUCAGCUUUGCCAAAGUUGGAGGGCUUGAAGACUUGCAGAACAGAUACUUCAAAGCCAUUGCUAGCAGCUACAGUGGAAAUGGCAGUUGUGGCUUGCCAAGGGAUGAUGCCUUUCACAUAUUCAGGGACCCUGUGACAUCUGACCUCCCAUGGCCAGGAGUCCUGGUUGGAAUGACCAUCCCAUCUCUGUGGUACUGGUGCACAGACCAGGUCAUUGUUCAAAGGUCUCUUGCUGCCAAGUCCCUGUCUCAUGCCAAGGGAGGGUCCUUACUGGCCUCCUAUUUGAAGGUCCUGCCUCUCUUUAUGAUGGUCCUGCCUGGCAUGAUUAGCCGUAUCCUCUUUCCAGAUCUAGUGGCUUGUGCUGAUCGAACAGCUUGUAAAGAAAUUUGCGGCAACCCAUCUGGAUGUUCUGACAUUGCUUAUCCAAAACUUGUCAUUGAACUUCUGCCAAUAGGGCUCAGAGGGCUCAUGAUGUCAGUGAUGAUCGCAGCACUGAUGUCAUCCCUGACCUCCAUCUUCAACAGCGCAAGCACCAUUUUCACCAUGGAUCUCUGGCGGCAUUUCAGGCCUCUGUCCUCUGAAUGGGAACUGAUGAUUGUUGGCAGAGUGUUUGUCCUGCUCCUUGUGAUUGUGUCUAUCCUCUGGAUCCCACUGGUGCAGGCCAGCCAGGGUGGCCAGCUUUUUAUUUACAUCCAGACUAUCAGUUCCUACCUGCAACCUCCUGUAGCUGUCAUCUUCAUUCUGGGGUGCUUCUGGAAGAGAACAAAUGAGAAGGGUGCAUUCUAUGGCCUUUUGAUCGGGAUGGUAAUGGGCCUGAUCCGGAUGGUGCUGGAUUUUGUCUAUCCGCAGCCAUGGUGUGAUGAAACAGACAGCCGACCAGCUGUGGUGAAAUACGUUCACUAUCUCUACUUCUCCAUGAUCCUGGGGCUAGCCACGCUGAUUGUGGUGGUGGUGGUCAGCCUCUGGACGGCGCCUCCUUCAGAAGAAAUGGUCAGCCGUCUUACAUGGUUCACACGCAAGGAUGUCCCAGCAGAGAAGGAUCCAACAGCCUCCCAAAGCCCCUCACCCAAAUCUUCCUCUGGAAUCCAUGAAGCUUGCCCUCCUCUGACAAUGCAGCUCAGCCUUAGUGAUGGCCCAGAAAAUAUUUGCCAUGGCAAGACAAGUACUUUGGAUGGCAAGAAGGCCUCUAAACUGAUGAGACUGUUUUUGUGGGUCUGUGGGAUGGACAGCAGAGAAAAAGACACUCCUGAGAUUCCUAUAGCUACCAAAAGUGAGGCCGCCACGGUUCAACCCAAAGAAGCACCGUGGGUGAAACAUGUACUCAACAUCAACUUGAUACUGUGCUUAAGUGUUGGCGUUUUCCUCUGGGGCUACUUUGCAUAGCGCUUGGCUUUGCCCAAUUUAAGAGACACUGUUAAUACACUUUGGGUUUAAAAUACUAUGAAUAAAAUGAAAUGUAACUUUAAUAUAAUUAUUCUGUAAAACAUAUGAUCUAUUUCUUAUAUCUUGAAAAAAAGAAAUACUUGUUUCUUAGAAGCAGUUGAGGAGUUCAUGCUUGGCAGGGUCCAGCACAGCUUCAACAAUGUCAUGGACAAAGGAUUGUGAAAAGCUUGCUUGGUCAUAAACUAAUUUUUUAAAAAAAUCUUAUUAUUUAUUGAAAUGCAAAUUUCAAAUGGCCUGUCCUUAAUGACCACUGGUUGCGCCUCUGACUGUAAUAACAUGGUGCUUUGGCUUCAGUAUCUGGGUUAUGCAGACAGUGUGACUCAUUGAGUGAUUCCACACACGUUGGAUAAUGCAGUUCCAAUCCUCUUUAUAGAUCAUUUGGAACGGAUUUUUUUGUGUGCGGAACAAAAAAUCCACAUCAAAUGAUAACGUGCGUUGAAAGUGCAUUAUCCAACAUGUGCGGAAUCAGCCAUUGUUUCAAAGGUAAAUACUGAAUGAGGCCUCAUUUUCUUUGGAAACAGAAGCUUCCUUUGACUGUCAUGGCUAACAGCAGUUCAUAAAUCUAUUCAAACAAGUGGCCAUUUCUUCAUCUUGAAGCAGGGAAUUCCACAAGUUAACUAGGCACUGUGAACAGAUAUCUAAUUCUGAACCUUCUGCAGUUUAAUUUGAUUGGGCGCCAUGAGAGGGGAUGCUGAAGAGACUCCUCCCAAAAUGAUAGUACCUAUGGUUGACUGGUUGAAAGCCAUGACAGUUUACCAGGCUUGAAAUUGGUUUACAUUUGCCAUGCAAACAUGUGAAAAAGUGCACAGUUCUCUGAUAGUGAAAUGCUAGGUUCCCCUUUCCCUCCUCUGUAUAUAUUCACAAGUGGUAUUGGAUCAACAGGUGUCAAAAUGUACAGCUUUUUAUAUUUCAGUGGUGUUCAGAUAACACUGUUUAUGUAGUGAAACUAAUAUAGGGUGCUAAUUAGAAGGGUAAAGGUUUCUCCUCGAAAGGUCAUGAGGGCAGCAAGAGGCCGAACCUUCAGCAGGAUGGUAAACUAUAGCACAAUGCUGGCAAUAAGAGAAGUGACAUUUGCUGAAGUGCACGCCGAUGGUAGUACUUGCUGUGAACUUAGCUGGGCAUGGUAUAUUCACAACCUGUUUUGUUUUGUUAAGGGAAGCAGAAAUAAGGAGAGAUUUUCAUACAUACACACAGGAGAUGUGUUUUCAAGAUCUUUUACUGUAUAUUAAAACAGCAGAAAGUAUUUUUGCAGAGUGUUUUAUGAGCAAUGUCAUGUAUGUCCUUGUUUUUAAGCCUGCAUCUGACGAAGAGAACUGUGGUUCUCGAAAGCUUAAGCUACAGUAAAGUUGGUCAGUCUUAAAGGUGCUACUGAACUCUUUUCAUCUUGUUUUUAAGCAUGUUUCUAUUUAUUAUUCUGACUGGAAUCAGGCACUAGUAGGGAAAAUGCUUCUAUUUGUCUGUUCAGUUUGCUUUAUUGGUCAGUUUUCUUAACAGCACAAUAGGCAGUCUAACCCAGUGCUGUUUCUUAGCCUAAGUGCAAUGCAGAACGGGUGGGCACAAUCCACAAAGAUGUUCUCCUGUACCAGCCUCACAACAAUGAUCAGGAUUUGUUCAGGAGAAGCACCUAAGAGAUUAUGCCAAUAUUUCAGGCUCAGCGAUGUGAUUCUUGGAGCAGUACAGGAGAAAUGCAACCCUACUGGUAAACCUAGCUACGACAAACUGACAAUAAAGUGCUGUGGUGAACUUGGUGGCUUCUGUGUGCUUCUUUGGGACCAGUAGUGCUUUUCCCCAAGAAGGUGUUACGCUC